AUGUACAUACUGGUCAGGUAUCAUCUCCUCCCUCCGUCUCUUGUUCUGCUUACUCUGCUACUUGCCAGCACCAUGGGCUGUAUCCAGAGCAUCGCCUGCAAGCCGCGCAUUAGAAGGGAGAACAUUGUAGUCUACGAGGUAUCGGCCUCCAUUGACCAGUGCCCAACGGUGAUAGAGGAGAAUUCGCCUAUAGUGCUGCGGUAUAAGACACCAUAUUUCAGGGCCUCCGCCGGGAUCGUAAUGCCUCCGGUGCCCCGCAAUGAAACCUGGGUGGUGGGUUGGAUCCAGGCUUGUACUCAAAUGGAGUUCUACAAUACUUAUGGUGACAUUGGCAUGUCUAGCUGGGAGUUACCGGAGCUCCGUGAGGGCCGGGUCAAGGCCAUCAGCGACUCGGACGGGGUCAGCUACCCCUGGUACGGCAACACCACCGAGACAGUCACCCUCACGGGCCCCACGUCCAAGCCGUCGCGCCUCACGGUCAGCAUGAACGACAACUUCUACCCCAGUGUGACCUGGGCCGUGCCCAUCAGCAACAGCAACACAGCCAUGCUGUCACACAUCACCCGAGACCAGAGCUUCAUCACCUGGCUGGUUGCCAUCAACUCUGUCACCAAGGAGCGCAUUGUGCUGCAGACGGUGCGGUGGCGGAUGCGGGUGGACAUCGCCGUGGACCCUGACAUGCCCCUUGGCUCCCGGGCCUCCCUAGUGGGCCGUUCUCACCAGGAGCAGCCCCACAUCCUCAACUAUCAGGAGCCAAUCCUCUCCAAUGCCCUGGGACGACCCAAUGCCAACGACGCCCAAGUGCUGAUGUGGAGGCCCCGCAGAGGGGCGCCCCUAGUGGUCAUACCACCCAAAUAAGGUCCAAAAGACUGAGAAAGAGAGAUGUGAUUGGUUCAUGGUAAUGAGGAAGUGUGGACCAUCGCAAAGCAGGGAAAUUAUGAGUUAUCUUGCCAAGAUGUCAGCUCUUCACUCACACCUACUACUUGUCAGGGUUCAAUGGAUGAUAAGAAAUUGUGAAAAAGUGUAGGUAUUUUCUCUGGACUGGACUGCAUUGGAAUUGGCACAGCGGAAAUAUACAGAGCUAGACUGGUUUCAGGUGCAGGCUCAACACUGCAUCAGCGUUUGAUUAAGUAGGACUGUUUUUGGACAGCCACAGUCCUGAAUUAGAGUUGUAUCCAUUUUACAGAAAGGGACAGAGCUAUCGAAGUUUCAUUGAGGUGCACUGAACACAGAACUGCAUCCUACUCUAGAUCUUAUUGCAUGAGAAAGAAAACGGUCUUUGACUGGAAUAAGAAUACCAUUUUAUAUAAGCUCAUCACAUUAAGGAUAUUGAAUGGAACUUCUUACAUUGGCCAUGAAAUCCUGCAAGCUGGAAAAUCUCCUCAGUGCCAAUUAUGGAUAUAACAGCCUUUACCGCUCAUACAACAUUUAAGAACACAUCAUUAGAUUUAAUUAUGAGUCAAAUCAUAUUAUAUAAAUCUUCUGUUAGUUUAAGAUCAACUCACAUCAAUCAGAUUGUAUUAAGAACACCGACUUGGCAUAAAGUUCUACAAAGAAA